UAAUGUGCUAAUUGUCUCCAUCAUAAAAUGUAUAAAUUGUAAUAGAAUGCAUUCAUCUUCAAAUAAAGCCGCUCAGAGUUCAGGCAACUACUCUCAAAUCAUUUGCUAAAUUUUCAGACUCAUUGAGAUAUAUCUCAAUUCUCCUUGACCGCCAUGGCACCCUUACAUAUUGCAGUUCUCAUCAACAGCCCACCGGGCAACGAAUUCUGGCGCGACGUGAGACAAGCAUAUGAUGAUGAGUUCCACACCGCGGCACCGGAUGCUCAGAUUGACUUUUACGACCCCGUCUUCGACGCCAAAUUUCCUGACCCUCUCCAAUACAAUCUAGUUGUUCUUACUGGCGGAAAAGCCGAUGCGUCUUCGUCAGAGCCUUGGGUCUUGGGAGUCUUGGAUUUUGUUCGAAACACUGCGCGGGAUUCGCCAAGGACAAAAAUUUUGGGUAUCUGCUGGGGUCAUCAAGCUCUUGCGCGCGCCAUGGGUGGAGAAGUGCGAGCUGUCCCGACUGGAUCGAUUGCAGCAAUCCAAGACAUCACCCUGACUGAGGCAGGGAAGAAGUUCUUCCGCUUUGCCCCGGGAACUGUAACUUACCGAGCGCCUGAAUUCCACGUUCGCGAAGUAUCCAAACCAGCUCCCGAUUUCAUCGCCCUGGCAGAAAAUCAUGAAUGUUUUGUGAACAAGGCGAACACGAUGCUCUCCUUUCAAGCGCAUCCUGAGGUCCAGAACGGGCUCGCUAGGAAAAUGCUUCUGGAAGAGGACGAUGUGUACAAUGGAAAUUCAUCAAGAGAGCGGAUAGAAGAAGAAGUUCAGAAGUUGAAUGGGGCAACAGAUGGCCCAAUCAUUUUAAAAAGGGUUAUUGAGUGGGUGAGGGAAGGAAAUAGCAAUGUUUCUCCGCUGUGACUACAUAACGAAAUUAGAAGCAGGGGAACGAUGUAAGAUAAAUGGGGUUGAUUAGAUAGAGAAGACAGGAAGGGGGAGGGGGACGUAAGAAGGAUAUUACGGAAGGUUUAGCAGUAUAGAUUGCGUUUAGAAAAAAAUGGAUUCCUGCAAGAAAUCUGCAUUCUUGGCUG